UCUCUUGAGGUUCUCGCCAUGGCUGCAUCCUGCUCGGUACCUUCAAUGAUAAUGGAAGAAGAACGGAGGUUUGAAGCUGAAGUUGCAGAGGUGCAAGCAUGGUGGAACUCUGAGAGGUUCAAGCUAACACGUCGACCAUACACGGCUAGAGAUGUGGUCUCCCUUCGAGGCAACCUCAGACAGAGCUAUGGCUCCAAUGAGCUUGCCAAGAAACUGUGGAGGACUCUUAAGAUCCACCAAGCCAAUGGGACUGCAUCAAGAACCUUCGGUGCUCUCGACCCAGUUCAAGUCACCAUGAUGGCCAAGUACUUAGAUACUAUCUAUGUCUCUGGUUGGCAGUGUUCAUCCACGCACACAACCAGCAAUGAACCGGGGCCAGACCUUGCAGACUACCCUUACGACACUGUCCCGAACAAGGUCGAACACCUCUUCUUCGCUCAGCAAUACCAUGACAGGAAGCAAAAGGAGGCUCGAAUGAGCAUGAGUCGGGAAGAGAGAGCCCGAACACCUUAUAUAGAUUAUCUGAAGCCUAUAAUUGCUGAUGGAGAUACUGGUUUCGGUGGUGCAACUGCUACUGUUAAGCUUUGCAAGCUUUUCGUUGAGCGUGGAGCAGCUGGAGUCCAUAUUGAAGAUCAGUCUUCGAUGACUAAGAAGUGUGGGCACAUGGCUGGAAAGGUUCUGGUUUCAGUCAGUGAGCACAUCAAUAGGCUCGUUGCAGCCAGAUUGCAGUUUGAUAUCAUGGGGGUCGAAACUGUGUUGGUGGCUCGUACUGAUGCUGUCGCUGCUAAUUUGAUUCAGACCAAUGUUGAUACCCGAGACCAUCAGUUCAUACUGGGAGCAACUAAUCCCAACCUUAAAGGAAAGAACUUAGCCACGAUCCUGGGUGAAGCUAUGGCUGCUGGAAAGACUGGAUCUGAGCUUCAAGCUAUCGAGGACAAUUGGUUAUCCAUGGCCCAAUUGAAGAGCUUCUCUAAAUGCGUAAUGGACGCGAUUAAGAGCAUGAACAUUGGGGAAGAAGAGAAACAGAGGAGGUUGAAUGAAUGGAUGAAUCAUUCUAGCUAUGAAAAAUGUCUGUCAAAGGAUCGAGGCCGAGAAAUAGCUGCGAGGCUGGGACUUAAGAAUCUGUUCUGGGACUGGGACUUGCCUAGAACGAGAGAAGGGUUCUACAGGUUCAAAGGAUCAGUAAUGGCGGCAGUUGUGCGUGGUUGGGCUUUUGCGCCUCAUGCCGACCUGCUCUGGAUGGAGACAUCGAGCCCCAACAUUGUGGAGUGCACCCAAUUUGCUGAAGGGGUGAAGUCUAAGUACCCAGAAAUUAUGCUAGCCUAUAACCUCUCUCCCUCCUUCAACUGGGAUGCAUCGGGGAUGAGUGAUGAACAAAUGAGAGACUUCAUCCCUAGGAUUGCAAAGUUGGGCUUCUGCUGGCAGUUCAUAACUCUGGCUGGUUUCCAUGCGGAUGCGCUGGUGACUGAUACCUUCUCCAAGGAAUUUGCAGAGAGAGGGAUGUUAGCUUAUGUGGAGAAGAUUCAGAGGGAGGAGAGGAACAAUGGAGUUGAAACAUUGGCUCACCAGAAGUGGUCAGGUGCAAAUUACUAUGAUAAGGUGCUCAAGACUGUCCAGGGAGGCAUUACUUCUACUGCUGCCAUGGGGAAAGGAGCGACUGAGGAGCAAUUCAGAGAGACGACGUGGACUCGGCCAGGAACCAUGGGAAUCAGCGAAAACAACGUUGUGGUUGCCAAGUCAAGAAUGUAGGGAUAUGUUAUCACGCAUCAGUCAUAGUUUCGGAGCUUUAGUUGCUAUCUCAUAUGUUAAAAGUGGAAAUGAAGUAAUUAAGAAUAAAAGUUGUGUAAUAGUUCUGGGGGAAAA